UUGGCCGACAAAACAGGAUCAGGAAAGUUGAAAGUUGAGUUUAAAAGGGAGCUGAAACCUACAGGAAGAGAAGAUCUCAUACCCCCUGCUCGCACCCCUCCAUUCCAUCCACCAGUUAUGCAUCCCCAUUACCACCUACAUACAUACAUCAUCUCUCCAUCACCACCUGCAUACAACCAUCUCCCUCAUCAUCCACAACAUAUCAUUACCACCUGUACCACCUGCAUACCACCGCCAAUCGCUGCUGCAGUUCAGUUCCAUCUUCCAUUCACUACAACAACCUCCACCUGUUCGCAGCAACUCCAACUCGCACCAACAGCAGUACAACAGUACCACCUCCACAGUUCCAGUUCAUACGUCGCCUCCGUAUCAUCCAGUCCACAAUACCAUUCCACCACCUGCUGCUGUUGCUGUUUUGGUUUGCUGUUACAGUUUCAUAUUUUUAUUUUAUAUCACCAUGAACUCCAGUAGCUAAGCAUCCUGAUUAGGGACAACUUCAACAUACGAAACUUGAAUUCAAAUUGAUAUUUAAAGUGCCUGUUUUCUUGCAAUUUACCUUGUUAUUGGUUAUUCUCUACAGUACCAAUAUUGUUUACGAAUUAUUUCUCAAUCGUUUAAGUUACAAAUUGAAUGGUUGUUUGGUGAUUCUAAUGCUAGUUGAGACCUCUUCGACCCGUAAUUGUCUAGAAAAUCUUAAUACAAGUAGCGAUACGUGGAUAUUGAUGAUGGGAUUUUGUUAAAUAUUCAUGUGUAGAGAUUGACACUAGUAGAUGAGUCGAGCCUAUGUAUUUGUCACUAGGAAUAGCUUAUCUCAUAGAACUUAAUGCAUUUGUUUAAGUCACACCUAGAGAGCGUACUUCUAGGAAACUUGGCAAGUAGAAUCCGGUAGUCGAGCGCUUCCAUGUCCGGUGAAUUAAGAGAUUGCGGAGUAUUUAAGCGUACUAAAUAUUCUAGGGUUAUUAGUAAUGGGUACUUUGCAGAAACAUAGCUAUAUUGAUAAGAUUCUUGUUUUGUGACCGAGAAAGAGUCCUUGAUCAUUCUCAUCCUCAUAUUUGCAUUAAUAUUCAGAAAUUGAAUUGACAACUUUAGCUCAACUCUCCCUUAGGAAUGAACCUGCUUAUCCGUAUACUACUAGUUAGUUUAAAAAGAAGUAAGGGAUUUAUUUUUGCUAGUUCAACACCUCGUCAAAAUUGGCGCCGCUGCCGGGGAGCAGUCGGUAGUUUGAGUUGUUAUUUACUUUUCUGAUUUUGCAUUUAUUUUUCAUUAUAAGCUUUUACUAAUUUAUUUUUCGAGAAUCUUAUUUUCAGGUACAAAUCACUUGUUUUGCGUGUGCACAAUUGGGAAGAAGAGUUUCUUGCAGAUGCCUAAUGAAUUCAAGGAUUUGCGACGUACAUGGAACCAGAUUAACUCAACUCCCAACGUGCUGAGUUUCGUACCAAGUGAAACAUAUGAUAGUGUAUUUAGACCUGUUCCAGAUCGUACUUAUGAUCUUUCACCUAUUCAAAGGGACAUGGUCUAGAGAACCUAUGGUGAAUAGUAGCGGAAAACGUGUUAACAUAAAGAAACUCUUUAGACAAUAUGAGCAGUUGGAAGAAGAGGGAGCAACGGAAGAGACUCUUCAAGUAAUUUCUAGGGCCAUACAUAUGGAGGUUAACCGUCGUGUGGAUAAUGGAGAAGAGCCCCAAGAAGAAGAUUCUGAGGAUGAUGAACCUUUGGAAAAUGUUGAUAAUAAUUGUGUAACUAGCUCAACUUUUGAUCGUGAUAAUGAUCAUUCACAUAUUCAAAAGGAAAAAGUUGAGUCUAGAAACACUAAAGUUAUUAAUGGUAAGACUUAUGUUGUGUAUGAGAGCGAUGAUGAUUAUGACUUCUUUGUGAAUAACACCCCUAAUUCAGAGAUUGUGAAUACUUUGAAUGAGAAGUCAACUUGUGAUGAAGACCGUAAGGAUUACGAUGACUUACUUGGAGCAGAUUUCGAUUCUGAUGAUGAAGAUUUGGAAGUUGUAGAAGAAACUGAUGAAGAAUGGCUCGUAAAGAGUUUGAAUGAGAAUUGUGAUACUUGUGAUGUAGGAGAAUCAAUGGACUUUUCAGAAGUAUUGAGGAUCCCGUAAUGCGUGAGAUUAUGCGAGGUUUGUCUAACCCUUUACAUGAAUCUCCAUCUAAUGAUGAUCCUCCAAAACUUGAAGUAGUUUCUCAUAGAGUUGGUAAUCCAUCUUUUAGGAAAAUACCUCAUUUGGGGAUGGAAUUAUGUGCUUCAGAAGUUCUUUCUGAAUUUCUUGCUUCCAAGUAUCCACCAUAUGUGUUUGAGUCUAAUAUCAUGCAGGUUUGCCAAGAGGAACGAAUAGAAGUACCUUCCACUUAUGUUUUGUAUACACUUCCGAGUGUAGAAAGAACUAAGUGUGGGGGUAACUCUCGUGGGAUGAUAAUUUCACUUUUCCCACCAUUUGCUAACAUUCUUGUGAAGCUUUUGCUAUCAAUGCAUAUUUUUUUGUGGGUGGAUCCUCAAAUUUUCAGAUUGUUGAUAUAUGGGGAGUCUUUUAAAUGUUUCUCAUAUGCGUCAAUCAGGUGAACAAUUCCAAUUCUUACUUCCUUAUCUUUUUCAAGUAUUCCUCUUAUUCUUUUUGCAAUUGUUUGAAACAUUGAGGACAAUGUUUGAUUUAAGUGUGGGGAUAGGGUAUAAUAUAAACAAAAAAUUGACGUAUACAAAACUCCAACUUUUAGAGAUUUUUGAAAAAUUUAGAAUAAACACUAGCCUUUCUAAGUAGAUGAAAUUUUUCUUGACGAUGAGGUAUAUGUUAGCUGAGUCGGGAUUAGA